AUGUCCAUUACGUCGCGCAGCCAAAGCUCCUCCCCCGAUAUUCUAGGCCCCCCCGGCGAUGCCGAGUAUCUGAUCUCGUCACCGAUCAAACCCUUCACGGGUCGCCAGAGCUGGCUAUCUCCAGCGGUCGUGAAACGCCAGAGGACCCCGGCAAAGCGGCGACGCAUGACCUUGAGCCCCACGAGAAGCGCGCACUCCAUCCGGUUCGACGAUGUCCUCCUGCCCGGAUCGCCUGCAAUGAAACUUGACGGAUAUCAAAAGUCGCUUUCGCCGGAAAAGCUUUUGGGACAAGAAGGGAAUGUCAGUCCAUGGCGUAUCAGAGUGACUUUGGAAGCGACACAGGAUGGAGAUGAUACCGGGCACUCAAGCGCGUCGCGAAAGCGACCGAGACCAACAACCGUCACGACAAUGGUUCCGUUGAAGGAUGAAGGCAGUCCGAUGAGACCGGGGACUCCAGCGACGCGACGAAUUCGCAUGCGCGACUCGGAAUCACAACCACAGAAUGGCUCGCCGUGGCCCAGAAGUCCCGGAAAUACGCCGGGUCUGCUUGGCGCGACGCCGAAAAGGAGAUCUGGGCGGCCGCGCAAGAACAUACCCAGACCCCAAUUUCAAUCAACUACAAUCCUUUCUAACCAGCAAGAAGCCGAAACAUCUCCAGUGUUGGAGCCCACGCCGCGAAACUACAGCCCGAUGGAUAUUACAACUGAUGUCAGCGCCAACCCCAACCGAACAUGGAGCCCCAUGAACUUGUCCGCGGAUGGAGACUACGAGAGCGCUCCUCUCACGACGAACGAGUUGUCAACUGAAUAUGUAGAUAUUUCCACGACGACAAAUACACAUGCACAGCAGGAUGCCAGGCCUCGUGAAUACGGCAGGCUCUCAUACGAUACUCCAAUCAUUAGCGCAACUGAACAUCAUUUUCUGGGCGACGACGAGGACAUUCACUCCACACCGUCAAAGAUUCCAACUCCAACCCGGGAAAGACUGGGCUCAGCCUCGCUAUCUUCCCAUCUCGCAGGUGGCACCAUCUCUCCCCGCACAUAUCCGACCCCAACUCCAACCUCGUCGCUGGCCGACGAAGACACUCAAACCCGAGAGCAAGCCACAGAUGCUCGUGAUAGCCCGCCGCCGACUGAUGCCGUGCAUGAACGUCAAGAGCAGCCCUCAAUGGACCCGACGGACGAACAUGAAGAGUUUGAUUCUAUAAUGGAAAGUGAAGGAUUCACCAUGGUUUCUCUUGACACUUUGCCUUCGGCCAAGCAAUAUGGCAUAGGCUCAAGUGCGAAGCCCAAUUCUGACUUUGGCGGCGCGCAGGAUUCGGGUCGUAUUGGAGACCGGUUGAAGCGAAAACUUCCCGGGCGGAUCGAAAGCUUACGAGGCGAUGGGCAUACUACAAAAAGACCGAGUCCACUGAGCAAGGCCUUUACUUCCAGGCAGAUCAGUCCCAAGAACGAUUUACUAGAAGUGGAAUCAGCGACAAGACGGCAGCAAUCAUCCGAAGUGGCGUAUCCAGUCCUUCCAGAGAUGAGGGCGACAAAGAAAGCGCUUGGUGAGGCUUGGAGUAAACCUCAUAUCAGUCUUCCCAGGAUUGUUCGUGUGGGUAUUGCUCUUCGGGGUGUCUUUGAACCCGGAGAAGCCGGCUUCCCCGAAAGACAGAAUGCGAGUCGAAAGCGACGCCUCGAGAAUGUGUUCAGCAGCUUCGAUGCCCACAUGCAGCGGGAGUUGCGAGCUGGUCUUGGCUUUGCGCAAGAGCUUGCUAUGCGUCUAGGAUCAACAGCCGAGAACCAGCCGGAGGCUGUUGACACGAGUGAGGAUGACAUGUCUCUACAAGGGAAAGAUGAGCAACAGUACCCCUACCAGGCAGGUCAAAUGGGGCAAAGGCAAGACUCUUUGGAAUGGGACGAUGUAUCAGCGGAAGAGGACGUGCAAGAAGAAGAGAUUCAAAGCGACAAUGAACCCAUGAUCAUGCCUAGUGUUUCUCAGCAAUUCGUUUCUCCGCAAGGCCAGACUGCUGUGGCAAGAGCCUCACGAGAGCGUGAAUGGCAGCGAGAGCGGGAGCAGGUCAGGCGCCAGGCUCGAGAUGCGAUGAACUCGGAGAGGCUCAUCAGCAUCGAGAGUGAUGAGGCGAUGGCACAAGAGCAACCUUUGGGGCAAUUCAAUGGUGUGGAACAACGAUCUGGAACGCCCUUGAGCGAGCAGUCCUUCAACGAGGAGCCCUAUAAUGAGCACGCUGAAGGCUUGGGUGAAGUUCCAGCUUCGAGUCCGGUACAGCCUAUCAAUCAUGGUGUAAAUCCAUCGAUUGAGGGCGCUGCAUACGAAGAUGAGAGCGGCGAUGACGACGAUAUAUGGCGCCCGGAGAUUUCCCAUUCGAAGCUUUCAAAAGCGCCAAUUUCACAUACAACACAAGAGCAACAACCUGUCAUUGGGGAAGCUGACUUUGACGAUGAGGACGACGAUGCUGGAGACAUCUGGCAGCAGGAAGCCCGAGAUCAAAGUAAUAUUUCUCAUCACUCCGAUAAGCAGGCCCAGGCAGACACUGUUCAAAGGUCUCCUGCUCUCUGGCAGGCAGCUGACCAGCGUCAAUCAGCUCACGAAGAUCGCUCAAGUUCGUCGCCUGUAUACGUGAAUAUUGAGCAUCGCGAUGGAACGCAUCCUGUGCCUACUCAUAUUCGAAAACUGCGCGAUCAAAAUGUCGACCUCUCCGCUCUUCUCGCGGAUGAAGAGACUCCGAAUCGAGCUCGAUACUACAAUGGCACAAGCACGCCAAGAGAGAUGCUGAAUCGCCGAUUAGCAGCUCCUCUUCAAUCGGCAAUGAAAUCUGCGUCUUCUGCGCGCAAGACUGGCCAACGAGUUCGCCUACAGCCUAUGCCUCAGUCCAGCCCCCAAAUUGGGUCAGACGCUGAGCUCAGCUACUCCCCUGCUUUCAAGCCCAAUGUUCCGCGACAGGACCAGAGUCGCGAGCACACGGAAGGCUUUGAUGCGGACUUCGAACCUGAUGGCGAGGAGACUGCCCGCGAUGGACCUGCUGCAGCUGCGACACCAAGGCCUGUGCGUCAUCCUAACCAAAGUGCAGAGGAAUCAACGUGGUUUCAGCGAAUUACAAGUCUUACUCCCAGGUGGCUUAAAGCACCAGAUCAGGAUGGGGAUGAUAGCUCCAGUUCAAUCGCAGCAUCUGAAGACGAUCCUGACUCAGAAUUUGACCAGAGAGAUGACCGAAUUGGGACGGCCAAUGCCGAAUCUGCCCAAACCCUUGGCAAGCCGGCUGAUCAGCUGCCUCUUUCAGACCGUUCAAGCCAAUCGCCGUCACGAUUCCUGGAAGAUUCGGCCAGUCCACCGCCGAAGAGUCUCGGCGAUCCUACACAUCCCGCGAAAUCCAGUGGGCCACGUGCCCCCACGCAUGAUGCCCGUGGAACUUCUCAAGGCAGCGAACCACGUGUUGCUCCAGAAAGUGUGCAUGUCAAGGGCGACUACGGAAAAGGCCAUUCAGAUGAAGCUCUGCAUGCUGAAAGUCGACAGAAGAGACGAUCUAGACCCCUCCCCACGUUCGGAUACUUCUCCGAUGAACACUAUGAAGCCCUCCGACGUCUUUACCAAUUGGCGAAGCGCGCACCGGAACGCUUCCCGUAUCACGAGGCUGCAGGGCGCGUCGAGAUCAUCGGAGAUUGGAUCUGGACCUCAGAUGGCCUCCAUGGAGUUCCCAUCACCGAACUCCAGUUUGCGAUUAUAGACCGCUUUGUACAUGAUCUGUCCCGUGCGGAUGCUGACUAUGGGGGAAGUGGGCGUGUUGAGUGGACCGAGGCCGAACUGCAUCGAAGACUGAUCAGUAUCAUCAUUGGCGAGCAGAUUCGAGAGAAUCAAAAAUCCAAGACGACCCGAGCAGGAUCUGUGGAUCUGUGGCGCUGA